UCCAAUGGGGAAGCUGGAUUUGUAGAGCAGGCGGGGUAUGAAAGUCUUGAAGAAUAACUCAUUGAUCAAUCUCCAACAAGGCAUAGAGUUGGUCGUACAAGCCUUACUCACAAGUUAUUUCGGAAAACCUGUGCGGUACUCCGUAAACGUCAAUUUCUUGUUUUCGCUUGGACGAACAAACAGGGCAGCUGCAAUGUGGAUUCAGGUGCGCACAAUGGAUGGGAAGGAAACCCACCGGGUGGAUUCCUUGUCAAAACUCACCAAGGUGGAUGACCUGCGUCUCAAAAUCUCAGAGCUCUUCAAGGUGGAGCCAGAGAGGCAGAGGCUGUUUUACCGUGGCAAGCAGAUGGAGGACGGCCAUACCAUAUUCGACUACAACGUUGGUCUAAAUGACAUAGUGCAGCUGCUUGUUAGGCAGAAGAUGCCUGCUGUUGAUGUCAUCAAAAGCAAGGACAAAGAAGCCGAGCUUUCUGACUCUGAUUCUGGUUGUGGCUCAACCCAGAGUGAGUCUGACAAGAGCUCAACUCAUGGUGAGGUAGAAGUUCAGACAGCCGGCACCUCCGCUCAGACAAACACCCCAGAGUUCGUCGAUCCGGGGUUCGGAUUUUACAAGAUCAAUGAGCUGGUGGAUGCGAGGGACUUGAACAUGGGGGCUUGGUUUGAGGCCCAGAUCGUGAACGUUACUAAGACAACAAAGACUCCUAAAGAGGAGGCCGCUGAAGCACAGCCAGCAGAGGAGGAGAUCCUGUACCAUGUUAAAUAUGAAGACUACCCAGAGAACGGAGUCAUUCAGUUGCUGGCUAAAGAUGUUCGCCCGCGGGCCCGAACGGUGUACCAGUGGCACCAGCUGGAGCCAGGAAUGGUCAUUAUGGUCAACUACAACCCAGACGACCCCAAGGAGCGAGGUUACUGGUACGACGCUAAGAUCCAGAGGAAGAGGGAGACGCGCACCGUGCGAGAGAUCUACGCCAAGAUUAUCCUUGGGGAUGCUGGCGACGCUCUUAAUGAUUGCCGGAUCAUGUUCCUGACUGAAAUCUAUAAAAUCGAGGAGGUUGGUUCUCUGGGUGACACCCCAGCUGGAUCUGAGAGUCCGUUAAAAAGAUCAAACGGACCAGAGUGCAAGCACUGUAAGGAUGAUCCCAAGAAAAACUGUCAGUGGUGUAACUGCCAUAUCUGUGGCAUCAAGCAGGAUCCUGACAAACAGUUGCUGUGUGAUGAGUGUGACAUGGCCUUUCACAUUUACUGCCUGAACCCUCCGCUCACCACCAUCCCUGAAGACGAGGACUGGUAUUGCCCAGGUUGCCGUAAUGACGCCAGUGAGGUUGUGUUGGCUGGAGAGAAGCUGAAGGAAAGCAAGAAGAAAUCUAAGAUGGCUUCUGCCAGCUCCUCAAGCCAGAGGGACUGGGGCAAGGGUAUGGCCUGUGUUGGUCGAACCAAGCAGUGCACCAUUGUCCCGUCCAACCAUUAUGGACCAAUCCCUGGUGUCCCCGUCGGCUCCCUGUGGAAGUUCAGAGUGCAGGUCAGUGAAUCUGGCGUCCACAGGCCUCAUGUAGCUGGGAUUCACGGCAGAAGCAAUGAUGGUGCCUACUCUCUGGUGCUGGCAGGAGGAUAUGAGGAUGAUGUGGAUGAUGGUAAUGAGUUCACUUACACUGGCUCUGGGGGACGAGAUCUUUCUGGAAACAAGAGGACUGCUGAGCAGUCGUGUGACCAGACACUUACCCACAUGAACCGGGCGGUGGCUCUCAACUGCAACGUCCCUGUCAACGACAAAAAUGGAGCGGAGUCCAAGAGCUGGAAGGAAGGCAAACCAGUUCGAGUUGUGCGCAGCUGCAAGGGCCGCAAGCACAGUAAAUACUCCCCCGAGGAAGGAAACAGAUAUGAUGGGAUAUAUAAGGUGGUGAAGUACUGGCCAGCCAAGGGUAAGUCUGGCUUCUUGGUCUGGCGGUAUCUGCUGAAGCGUGAUGAUGAUGAGCCGGCUCCAUGGACCAGAGAUGGCAAGGAACGCAUUAAGAAGCUCGGUCUCACCAUGCAGUAUCCUGCUGGCUAUCAGAAAGAGAAAGAGAACAAAAAUGAAGUGGAGGAAGAGGCGGCGACACCCAGCAAGGCAAAGAGGAAGAGAAAAUCUCAGGGCAGUGAGUCCUCAAAAACCCCACCAGGCAGGACUCCUAAGAAAAUUAAGUUAGAAGUGUACAAGCUUACCCAGGAGCAGAAAUCCUUCAUCAAGAAUGACAAGCUAAACAAGAAGGUGUGGGAUGAAGCCAUGGAGUCACUGUCUCUUGGACCGAAAUUCUUGAACAAAGUUCAAGAGGUUUUCCUCUGCAUUUGCUGCCAAGAAGUGGUUUAUCAGCCCGUUACCACAGAGUGCCAUCACAAUGUUUGCAGGGAAUGCCUCCAGCGGUCCUUCAGAGCAGAUGUGUACACCUGCCCGGCCUGCAGGCACGAUCUGGGCAAAAACUACUCCAUGACCAUCAACAAAUCCCUGCAAGAUAUUCUAAAUCAGUUUUUCCCAGGGUACAGCAGUGGCCGAUGAUCAUUGGUUCUGCCUACUCAGUCCUUUGAGGAAUCGCGAUGUAACUGUAAGGGGAAUUUUCAGUAGAGGCAAUAAAGAAUCAGUUUCUCUUAAUAUAUUUUUAUGACCAUAAAACUACAAUUUUUAUAUUGUGGACUUCAAUGCUACCGUUUUCACCUUGGAUCUGCCAUGAUGUGUAGUUAGAAUGAUUGAAAAUCCCUUUGUAACUGUACCAAUUACGCCGUUAAUACCUUACACCAACGCUGGGGAUUUUUCUCCCAGCGUUUAAUUUGUUCCAUUAACUAAUGCUAAUGUUAUCCAUAUUGUAAAAUGUUUUAAUGAAAUCCCUCCAUGUUUAGCACUCAAGAGAACGUUGAGUCAAAAUUGAUUUAGCCGUUUGCUCAACUUGUUUGGAUAUUGCUUUUUUUACAAGGCCUUUCUCAGAAUCUGGAUCUUAUCUGUUCUGCCUUUGGUUUAGGUGUGGUUGGUCGUUUUUUCGUGCAUUUAAAAAAAAAAAGAAGAAAAAAAAAUUGAUCGUGUAGGAGGGGGUUUUAAUUGGUUUACAUUCACAUCUUAUCUGGGAGAUUAUAUUAUGGGCCUUUCACACAGAAUUUGGCAACUGUGCUCUGUAAACCGAUUCUUUUUUUGGCUUGCACAGCGAUUGACAGCUUUUCGUGAGAUGUGCACUAAACUCCGGAGAUGGUAGCGCGUCCUGUGUGAAAGGGUCAUUAUGCGUGGCCUGUAGCUAUGUACUCUUCUCUACUUGACUUUUAUAAUCUCUUAGGGUUCAAUAGACAAACUAAACCCAAAUAGACAAACUAUCAACUAAAUAUGAUCGUCACAGACUUCCAGACCAAAUGCGACGUUUUCUAUUUGUCCUGACAUGAUCAGAUGAUUUGAAAUUGCACAAACAUGGCAAGGGAACAAAGUUGCUCCACAUAGUUAUGAUGCUUGACAAACAAGCAGGAACUGAACCCGUUAGUUUUUUGUUUUUCUGCCGUUGAGCCGUCUGAGAGGAAGUGUCUUGUCGGGGAUCGGUGUCUUCAAAUGUGGUUGGAUUUUCUAAUUGGUGUAUUGGUUCCUUUCGAAUAUUUUCAUAAAAAAACUUUAUACCUGUAUAUGAAGUUUAGGAGAUUUGUUCUGAAAGUAACUAUGAAUUUGAUACAACCUUGAAAGCUAAACAUUAUAGAUUCUUUAGGCCAUUUUAUACUGUGGUGAAGUUUUAAAUUUUCCCUGUUUUGGAAAGUUUCACUUUGUUAAAGUCCAAAGAAACAAAAGUGCUUAACCAAGAGUUUAAUGUAGGAAUCCCAACUAUUUAGAUCCUUAGACAUUGUCCCUGACCCUCAAACCUAACUGAGUCUAGAAACUUUAAUUGUACCUUUUAUCAAAAAAAAUUAAAUUUGUACUUUUUCAUCUUUUAUAAUCUAUAACUGCCAUCUGUGGGGGGUGGGGUGGGGGGGCUGUUGAGUCAGAUUUUUGAGUCUCUUUUGGUCACUUGUAAUACCUGACCUAAUUGAAAAACAGGAAAUGCUUGCAUCGAGAUGAAAUGUUAAGGAAAUUCCACACACUGCUCCUGAAUUUAAAAUCUGAAUUUGUUAUUGACUACUCUUGCUGUUGCCUUUUUCAUUUAUGAAUAUUUAGUGUUGAAUUUCAACAGCAGUGUGUGUGACUGUUUGUCUACAUGCCAGCACUUUGUGUUUUGAUGGAGAGACUAAGAUUUGGAUAGACUGGGGAAUGUAUAUUUUCUGAAAUUGUAUAAUUUGUAGUCCAUUUUUUUUAGUUUUGAUAUGUAGUUUUAAAAUUGCUUGCACACUUUUGGUGCAAAAAAUUGUCAAUACAUUUUCAGUGUUAUU